AUGGCGCACCACGUCGAGCACCUGCACGCCGCCGAAGCCGUCGACGAUGCCAUCGUCCGGGAGGCCGAGACAGAGCGCCUGGUGGUCGUCCGGUUCGGCCACAGCGUGCACGCUGACUGCCUGAGCGUGGACGCCGCCAUGGCCGCCGCCGCCGAGCUCGUCGGCCCUAUCGCUGUGCUGCACGCUGUCGACAUCGAGGAGGUGCAGGAUUUCAACGCCAUGUACGAGCUCCACGACAGGCCCUGCACUGUCAUGUUCUUCCACGGGAAUCGGCACGUCGACGUACGCGGCCCCCACGGCAGUAGGUACGACAUCGCCUGGGCCGCAUACAACGCCGAUGAGUUCGUCGGCCUUGUCUGGACGGUGCACGAGAGAGCCACGGCUGGCCGCCGACUCGUCGACCUCGACUAG